AUGACAGAGCGUCAAGCGAAUGACUUGACUGCUCGUAACCCACGAGUUCGUGUCACACGUGCAUUCUCACAGAUUGAAGAACCAGCAACAGUACAACAGUUACAGGAAAUGAUGCUUUCAACGUCUACAAAGACGUUGGAGAUACCGAGACUCGUGUCACCAACACGCGUCACGACAGAUGUUGCAAGAAUGGUGACGGAUCCACUUGUACCACCGACGUCACCGGCGUCGUUGUCACGACCUGUGGCUCAUUCAUCACCUGCACCGUGUACGAUUCUACGGAAACCAAGCAAUAGGGGCAAUAGUAGCGGCACGGGUAGUCCAGAAUCCACAGCAUGGACACUACCCGAUCGGUCUUCACGUAUCACCGAUAUUGGACAAGAGAACGUGACUAAUGGACAAUGCAACGUCAGUAUUGAUCGAGAAAACCAAGUCACAGGACACGAACGCAACGUCAAUAUGAAUCAUUCGAAACCAGUAGUAGAAUCACGACGAAACUCGAGUGAGUGGGCAGAAACAGCGGCGCGAUUGAGUCGACGAGUGCAGGAACUGGAGCUUGAGAAUUUCAGAUUGAAAAAUAGUAAUGAACCUCCAAAAACGUUUGCUAUUGGUGACAUGCGCACGUUAAGAGCAGCAAGAUCAGAUGUGGGGAAUGCAUUCUCUGACGUUAAGCAGCAACGAAGAGGAAGAUUGAAUAAGUCACAGAGUUGUGCUAAUGGGUUUGAAAUUACUGGACUGACGGUAGCUGAAGCUGCAGCAGCGUCCCAUCGCACACGCACAAGGCGCUUGGCGUCGGCUACUAAUGCUACUGAAGCUGCAGUUAAAUUGCGCUCGGGAUACUGGAACGGAACAAACAAUGUUAAAAGCAGUUUUAGCUGCAACAAUUUGUCAGAUCUGGAGCAGCCCGAGUUUUUGCUUGAGAAGUUACGCACGCCACCAUCUCUUGCCGUUGGUGCAUUCAGCACUGUUAGCGGUGGUAACACAACUGCCACGCCUAUGUCAGCCACAACAAGCGAGCAUGAAGCCUCCCACAAGAGCGACUCUUUUCAGUGCACGAGCUCCGAAAGCGAAGAUGACGCUGCUAGUACGACAACACAGCAUUUUGCAAUGCAGAAGUCACGGCAAACCUCAGCUGUCAUGGCCCAGCACAGCUCAUCGUCUGCCAAUUUGAGGCUGGAUGAUAGCUUUCAUGCGGCUGAUAAUCGUAUUACAUCACCACGUUCGUAUUUCGAGGCAGGACUACGGACCAGUAGCUUUUCAUUGGGCUCAAAGACAUCGUCAAGUUUGAAGUCAGAAAAACGAAAUAGUGUAGGAGACGUGCGCAUGUGGGUGGGCACAUGGAAUAUGGGUGCAGCAGAUCCGUUUGAUGACGGAAAGGGUAUCAUCGACGAGCAGCGCUCGGCAACAAUGCUGCAAAACUUCCUGCCGCACGGCUAUCAGCUCUAUGUGCUUGGAAUACAGGAGGGCGUGUCGGAAAACGUUUAUCACGCCGUGGAAGCGUAUUUGAACCGGAAUGAGCAGGGUACUCGCUACUAUCGCAUGGAGCUUAGAAACGGAAACUUUAUGGUGAAUCACAGGAAUCAAUCUUCUGACGCCGUAAUUGAUGCUGUACACGGUCGUGGCGACGGAGCCUUUGUUGGUACCAAAUUUACAGGCAUGGCUAUGUUCUACUGCGCCAACAUUGAGGACAAGAUCAAGCUCAUUCGAGCAGGUGCACACAAGUUUAAACUUACAAGCGGGUCAAAGGGUGGUGUAGCUGUGGCGCUUAUGAUCAACCACACGACUAUUGUUUUCGUGAACUGCCAUUUGGACGCGCGAAACGAUACAUACCGUCGCGAACAGAUUAGGAAUUUGAAUGCCAGUCUUGGUCGUAUAAUGGGUCAUUACAGCUUUGACCUUACCGAGCAGUUCCAUCAUGUGGUAUGGAUGGGAGAUCUGAACUACCGCAUUGUUUUUCUGGACCCACAGAUGGUCCUCCACAUGCUCGAAGAGGGCCGAAAUUUUGAGCUGCACGACAAGUUUGACGGUCUUUUGAACGACCGCCGCAACGGUGGAGUCUUUGAAGGCUUUACGGAGCCGCACAAGUUUCCAGACUUUUACCCGACGUACAAAAAGUUUCCCAAGCGUGGGAUUGUGAAUGAGAAGCUACCGUUGUGGCCAUCGCUUGUUUGGCGCGUGCUGUACAAAGAGCCAUUUUAUAAGGGCGGUAAGGUAAAAAAGCGCGUGCCUGGAUGGUGCGAUCGCAUCUUGAUUCACUCACUCCUUGUUGGCGACUCAAAGCUGAUUCCGGAAAGGGUGCUGGACCCGACAUCCCUCGAGGGCACUCCCCAAUUUAUUGACAACUAUCGUUCCGUAAACCAUGGCGACGGAAUGGACGUCAGCGACCACAGUCCUGUGUACGCCACCUUUGUGCUAGGUUUUCCGCGGCACGACAGUAAUGCAUUUACGUCAGAAUCUUCGCAAAAGCUCUCACACCGAAACUCGCGCUCCCUUUCCACGGUUAACAAUAGUGUCGGAGACAAAUAUUUGCACUCGGUGGGUGGCAGUUAUUUCGACCAAGCUCGCGUGGUUCGACAAAUGAAAGCACAGAAGCGUCCUGUUUCCACAGUAUUGCGCGUGUUUAACAUGGAGCUCAGUUGGAAUGAAAACGUGGUGGUGCCCAAGAAGACCCGAAUCGUUGCGCCAUUAGUCGGUGAGGAUGCAAAACAGUGUGAUGUUAUUGGUGAGCGUUGCCAAGGUUCGAGUGGUUUGAAUCUAUCACUUAAUGCAGUGCUUCAACACACUCGACCACUUGAGCAGCUACACAUGCUUGUAUGGGUGAAAAAUGAAUCAAUUAACGGCCACUGCACUCUCUCACUGAAGCGUAUUGCUCACCAGGAAGAGGGAGGUGAGGUCAAGUUUCGUGUACCACUCUACAACGAUUCCAUGCGAGUGCACCUUGACGGGCAUCCUUUGCUCGUAGUUUUCUCUGUACGAAGCAAAACAUUUGCCAAGUGA